UCACUGGAGUGUGUGUGUGUGUGUGUGUGUGAGUGAGUGAAGAAAUGUGCGUUCAUUAUUUACUGUCACGCACACACCGAGCGUCUCCACUUGUGGAUCUCACAGGCCCUCUGAAACCGCCUUAAAGCCGAACCCGUCCCGCCCGGCCGUCAGAGCCACCGUAAUGCGGCGUUAGCGUGCGCGUGGGAAUGGACACACACACACACACACACACACACACACAGUAUCUGUCAGGUAAAGUGAGCUGUCGACAGGUAAAGCGGCUGAAGAAAACGGGACUACACCUUCCCAGCAGGUUUGUCACUUCCUGCGGUUCAGCAGCCGCUACUCGUCUCGGUUUGCCCGCCUGUGCUGCGCUGCCCGCCGGACUCCACUUCGGUGUUUACCUCGGCAGAAGACAUGGAGGAGAAAGCGGACGUUCCCACCGAGCUGCUCGAGAGCGUCCGGGAGGCGGUGGGUCGCAGGGUGAAGCUGACCCUCAGGCGCAAAGUCCAGCUGGAGGUCAAAGGUGACAAGGUGGAGAACAGAGUGCUGGCCUUGGCAUCACAUCGAGCCUAUCUGCUGACAGCACGGGUCCCGUCCAAGGUUGAACAGUCCUUCAGCUACUUGGAUGUUCAGGGAAUCAGCAGCAGCAAGCCCACUCAGUUGGUGGUGGAGUAUGAACGUGGUCAGUGGAGCCUCCGUCUGGGCUCGGUGGAGGAGGUGGACGAGGUGAUCGCCCACAUCGGAAGCUGUCUGCACCAGAUCUGCCCCGCCGGGUCACCUGUAAAGGUGAUGAGGAAGCUGAGUCUGAAGCCUCCAGAGAGGACGGCGGCCCUGCAGGCGGUCUGGGACGAGCAGGGCUCGGCCGAUCUGGGACCCUGCGGCGGUUUUUCCCAUCAGUACUGGUGUGUGUGUGAUUACCUGGGCCUGCCGUACCGAGAGGAGGUGCAGUGGGAUGUGGACACCAUCUAUCUCACCCAGGACACCAGAGAGCUCAACCUGCAGGACUUUGUCCACCUGGAGAACAGGGAUCUGGUGGCCAUCAUCGCAGCUCUCGAGCACAACCAGUGGUUCACUAAACUCUCCACCAAAGACUACAAACUGUCGACCGACGUGUGUGAUCAGAUCCUCAGAGUGGUGGCUCGAUCCAGCCGACUGGAAGAGCUGCUGCUGGACAACGCCGGGCUGAGAAGUGAUUUUGCGCAGAAACUGGCAGGCGCCCUGUCACACAACCCGGCCUCCACUCUGCACACACUCAACCUGAGCAACAACUCGCUGGAGGACAAAGGCGUUUCCGCUCUGAGUGCUCAACUCGCCAAACUUCCCAUGGGUCUAAAGCACCUGAACCUCUCCAGGACGUCCACGUCUCCUAAAGGUGUGAACAGCCUCUGUCAGGCUCUCUGUGCCAACCCGGCCAUCGCCUCGACCCUGACGCACCUCGACCUGUCGGGAAACUCGCUCAGGGGCGACGACCUGCCGAACCUGCACAGCUUCCUGAGUCACUCAAACUGUCUGCAGACUCUGGACGUGUCCAACAGCGACUGCAGUCUGGAGCAGGUGUGUGCGUCUCUGCUCAGAGGAUCUUUGAAGCAUCUGUCUGUCCUCAACAUGUCAAAGACAGUCUUCUCUCACAGGAAGUGUAAAGAGAUCCCCUCGUCCUUUAAGCAGUUCUUCAGCUGCGCUCAGGCCCUGAGCUCAGUCAGUCUGUCAGGAACCCGACUGCCGGCCGAGGCUCUGAAGGCUUUGCUGCUGGGACUCGGCUGCAACCCAAACCUCAGCGACGUGUCUCUGGACCUCAGCUGCUGUGAGCUGCGUUCAGGAGGCUCGCAGAUCCUGGAGGGUUGUGUCGCCGAGAUUCCCAACAUCUCCAGUUUGGACAUUUCAGACAACGGUCUGGACAUGGACCUGACCACCCUGUUGGUCUGGCUGGCCAAGAACCGCUCCAUCAGACACCUUUCACUGGGCAAGAACUUCAACAACAUCAAGUCCAAGAAUGUGGCUCAGGUCCUGGACAGUCUGGUUCACAUGAUCCAAGAGGAGGAAUCACCGCUGACCUCGCUGUCGCUGGCCGACUCCAAGCUGAAGGCCGACCUCUCCAUCGUCCUCAACGCUCUGGGCAGCAACACCUCUCUGACCAAACUGGACAUCAGCGGGAAUGCGAUGGGAGACAUGGGGGCUAAGAUGCUGGCCAAAGCUCUGCAGAUCAACACCAAACUCAGGACGGUCGUGUGGGACAGGAACAACGUCAGCCCUCAGGGCCUGCAGGACGUCGCUGCUGCUUUGGAGAAGAACUACACCAUCCGCUUCAUGCCUGUUCCCAUCAUGGAUGCAGCUCAGGCACUCAAGACGAACCCAGAGAAGACAGAGGACGCCUUACUGAAGAUGGAGCAGUACCUGCUGAGAAACCACGAGACACGGAAAUACCUCCAGGAGCAGGCGUACCGGCUGCAGCAGGGGAUAGUGACCACCACCACACAGCAGAUGAUGGACAUGAUGUGCGUGAAGGUGCAGGACCACCUGAACUCUCUGCGGUUCACGGAGACCACCUUGGUCCAGGAGGACAUGAAGGUGGCUGAGAACCUCAUGAAAGACGCCAAGAACUCCAAGACCCUGCUCCCCAACCUGUACCACCUGAAGAGUGGAGGGUCAAAGGGGGCGUGUGUCGGAGCCAUCCAGGACAAGCUGGAGUCGAUGGCAGGAGAGGUGGCCCGAGUGAUGGACGAACAGCUGCAGACGAUGCUGGAGUCCAUGGUGGACGCUGCUGAGGGUCUGUGUCCUCACGUGAUGAAGAGGAGCGGCCUGCGCCAGGAGCUGCUGAAGGCCGGAGGGGGGAGGAUGACCGUCCCUCGCAGCUUCGUCACCACCACGCUGCUGGAGCAGUCCGGAGUCGACAUCGUCAACAAGAUCAGUGAAGUGAAGCUGAACAUGGCGUCAUUCCUGUCCGAUCGCAUCGUGGAUGAGAUCCUGGAGUCUCUGUCCAGAUCACAGCACACUUUGGCUGACCACCUGAUCAGGAAGUCUCAGCCUCUGCUGCGUCAGGGGCCCCAGACGGAGACAGAAGUUCUGGAUGAGAUGGUCCUGCAUCCAGAGAACCACAACGAGCCGCAGAAACAAAGCCAUGACCUGGACCAGAAACACAAGCUGGAGGAUCUGGACACCUGCAUGAUGACUCCUAAAUCCAAGAGGAAGAGUAUUCUGGUCAGGAUGCUGCGUCCUGUUUCGGUGGCGUUUGAGAUGGAGUUCGACCUGGACAAGGCUCUGGAGGAGGUUCCUAUCCACGUCGAGGACCCCCCUCUCCCUCCUCCUCCUUCGCAGCCAUUGGACAGAAUGUCAGCCUACUACGGUGACCUCCCCCCUCCCCCAGCUUCCCUGGAUACAAAGUCGGUCUAUGUGGGCGAGCUGCCGCCUGUGGAGCACGUGACGCUGGAGCAUCGCACCAAAUUCCGCCCAAAACCGAAGAAGAGGACGAAACCCAGCCGGACGCCUCGGGAGGCCACCCACAGCUCGACACCACAGGAGGCAGAGCAGAACAGCAUCAUGGGAAAGCUGGACGAGGGUCUGGAGGACUUUUUCUCCAAGAAAGUCAUUAAACUCAGUUUCAAGCUUCCCACUGUGAGAGGCCCGUCCUCCAGCACGCAGGAAGCAGCAGAUAAGAAGCGUGAAUCCAGGAAGAGCGGUUUCUUUAACCUCAUCAAAUCGCGGACGUCCCGCUCAGAGAAGAGCCAUGGAGCUGCCUCCAUCACGCCACCCCUUCCUCCCUCUUCCAACCCUGCUCCACCCUCCUCCUCUGUUAGCCCGGCGACUGGGGAAACGAAGCAGACGUCCUCCACUUCACCCGUGAAAACCCCUGACGCUGUGGCGGAGCACCACCAGGAGCUCCACAGGGCUCAGUCCUCGGACCACACGGAUUCUGAGAUGGAGGCUCCUCCGACCACAGGUGAACCUGCUGACGAGGAGAAAGAGGAGGAGGAGGAGGAGCAGGAGGAGGAGGAGAUUGUGGAGAAGAAGGAGAAUCCCCACAUUCCCCGUCAUAUUGGUGUUCCUGUGAUGGGCAUGGACCUGCUGGCCGAGAUGAAGGCCAGGCAGGAGCGAAUGGCCGUAAAGAAGUCUGAGUCGACAUCCGUGCUGGACAAGGUGGACGCUGACAAAGCCAAGUCAGACAUCCACCCCGCUGCCCCAGGAGAGGCUGACGAGUCCCACCCCGAGCCAGCGCCCAGGUCAAAACCACCCAGCGUAACCCCGAAACCUCCGCCACCGCAGUCCGCUAAGCCCCUGCUGGGGCCCCGCACCUCUGGGCCCCUCAGUCCUGUCAGUCCAACCAGUCCCAGGCCAAGCAGCACCUGCGUCACUGAUGACCCUGCUGAAGCCACUGCAGGAAGCUCGCCUGCCAGAGGACCACUUCCUGCUCCCCGCCUGAAGAGGGCACCGUCAGAGCAGGAGAGGGAGAGCACGAGCAGCAGCCCUGCAGGACCUCGGUCCCCGCAGGACGCUGAGUUUCCUGUGGACGGCGAUGCGUUCGAGCCUCCCGGCGCCGGCGGCAGACAGUGGUCGUCCCUGAAGAGCUCAGCCAGUCCUCCUGCUGCGAGGGAGGACGACCGAGAGCGGACCAAGUCGCUCCCCGCCUACGUGAGUCCUCCAUCUCUGGCAGACGCUGAUCUCAGUCCAGCUGAGGAGGAAGUUCCAGCUCCCGCCGCCGAUCUCAGAUCUGAACUCAGAUCAGAUGAUGGGUCAGACGACACUCCUUCAGUCUGAUGCAAGCACACGUUUAUGGUCUGCCCUCUCGACACCAGAGAAACACUGAAGACACAUUGAGACAGUGGACAGUUUUUAGAACAACUCCUGUUGUUCUCGGGGGAAGGUCCUGAUCCUGGAUCAGUCUCAGCUGUCUGUCAGCAGCUAUAAAAGGACCACAAACGCAUGCGUUUUCUCUGGCGCAGAGACAGUCUGUAGGUGUUGUGAUGAGGAAGUCCAGCUAUAAACGGCUCAGUGAAUCCAAAGCCCUGAUGACAACGAGUCCGACUGUCCAAGCAGGUCCACGCUGAAGCAUUUUGUUCGUACUGUACUUCCCUUCUGCAGGUGGACUGCAGCGACCGCAUACGAGACACACAAGUUUUUCUUCUAAUCCUCCAAACAUUCACUCACGAGACAGGAAGCACAGAACCACGAGCAGAAGGAUCCUGCAAAGAGAAAAGAGAGUUUAAGCUCUCAGCUGCUAAGUUAAAAUAUGUUCAUAUUUGUUUGUUUGAUAUCUCAGAAUCCCGAAGUGAUGUGAAGACUCGUUCACACUGAAACAAGUGAGUCUGAGGCCUUCUGACUGCUGAGGGAAACAGAUGGUGGAGCAGCAGGAAGAACCCAGAUAUUAUGACAAGGUCCGUGUCCAGGUCUUCAUCAGCUUCAUCUUCUUCUUCUCUUUACAUCAGCCUGCUUCGUCAUCAGCAGGUGAAGUUGGCUCAGUUGUUGUUAGGGACGUCACCUUCCUUCAAAGCCUCAAUUAGAGUUUGACUUUUUUAGGUUUUGUGUUUUCCAGUGCUGCCAGCUCAGCUAUUGAUGGAGAAUCAAAUCCUGAUUUGUACAACCAAACAGAUCUUUAAAAAGGGAAGCUGCACGGUAUCAAGUGUGAUGUGAACGCCACAUUUUACUUCGGUUGUUGACAAUAUUGAAAAUAUGUCACCAGUCAGUUGGAAAAAACCUUUGAAACACACGUGUUGCUUUUGUUUUUCUUCAGGCGAAGGUGAGCAGUUUCAGCUUUUCAUUCAGUGACUGAAAUCACGUUCAUUUUGAUCUGUUUUGAAUUUAGAAUUGAAAUCAUUACACACCUAAUGAUAAUAAUAAUGAACUCCCAAACACAAUCGGCCGUUGAAUAUGAAGACUGUGAGAUGUGGUUUAAAACACUGCGAAGUGGGCCCUGAAUUAAGAUUAGUCAAUCAAGAAUUUUGUUUUAGACAUUAUUUAUAGUUUAACACACUUUUUAACACAAUCUUCAAACUCCUUUAAAGUUUUAAAAGAGCCAAAUAGGUUUGGAUUAAUUCCUCUCGUUACUUUUUAUCUCAAAGCAGGAAUUUUGUCAAACUGAGCUUGCGGACGUCGUGAAAUAAAACCCUAAUAAAUUCUGCAAAGUUCUCGGAGGAAGACUGUUGGAAUUAAAAUGAGGGUGGAAAAAACAUUUAAUGUUUCGGUAAAACCAGACUUAAGGACUCAGUAACAGAAAUAAAAGAGCUGCAGAACAAACGAGAUCGCAUUCGUGGCACCUUAGUUACCAGUUUCUGACUCGUGCAAACCGUUUGUGUUGGACUUUGCUCUUCAUAACAACCGGAGACGCGUCACAAAUGUCCGUACUUUUAAACCUCAGCUCAGCAGUCAUUCAGCCACUACGAUUUGUCCGCUGACGUGGCUUGGCUCAUUAAGGUAACCAAUGAAAUCCUUUCAGCUGAGAGCUACAAAGUUUUCUUUCCACAGAGGACUCUUGGACUGACCUUUAAUUUUCACUGAGACAAUCCGCUUUUACUGCCUCAGAUUCCUAAUAAGAGGGACGGUUCACCCCACAAUCCAAACAGACCAAACGUUUCCUAGUCCUCGUAGUGCUGUUUGUCCAUCUGGAUGGUUUUGAUGUGAGCUGCAGAGUUUUGUCACGUGUCCCUUCGACAUGUGGCUCGGCUGUCAACGCUGCUGCUGUAUGAUGAGCAGAACACAUGACGUAUUACACACUGAUCAGUCCUGUACUGCUGCACUUACUGCUGAACUGUGUGUCCAUGUGAACAUGUAAAUAACAUCGCUGUGAGUUUAAAGGUCCUGGGUGUAAAAUAAAUGGGCUUUAUUUUGGUCAUUGAUUCUAUUGUGAGAAGAAAAUCUGAUUUAUUGCCAAGUGAAUCUGCAUUGAUUUCCAUUUAAAAUACACGGUGAUGGUUUUCAUUUUAUCUGGAAAUAUUUUUGGCAUUUCUUUUAAAUAUCUUCUUUUUUAUAUAACAAAAAACAGUGUAAUGUUUUAUUGUUUAUAUCCCAGUGGACCUACAAGCUGCCAGAUAUUUCUGUAUUUGUAUGUUUAUACCAAUAAAUGCAGUUUUUGUGCUCAA